GGGCACUGCAAAGCGUGUCGCUGUACCAGAUAAGCUUAGUCGUGGAGGAAGGCGCGUUGUUGCGUGCAGCACUGGAUAAAGUCACGGGUAGGUACCUAGGUACGAUUCAAAACAACUUGAAUCUUUCAGCAAGCACCGACCCUAGCUUAAACUUCAAACCUACACAUCACAAAUCACCGACAACCAGACAAUUUCCAGCUUCGGCCUGUCCUUCUUGAGUUCCCUUCCCGAAGUUCGACCAUGGCAACCCCGACUGGGCACAAGGGCUUGAUUGACUUGCCAGUCGACGCCCUGGUACAGGCCGCACCGAACCUGCACUGCCUCUGCCUGGGAUCGACCGAGUACGACGCCUCCCGCCUCUCAUUCCCAACUGCACCACUUAUCAACCUUCGGCGCCUCUUCUUCGACGUCUCCUGCAACCUUCAUUCGACGCUUCUGACCGAGAUUGUAUCGAACGCUCCCAAGCUCGAAUUUCUAGCCUUGCACUGGGCCGGAUUCACGCGCAUGUACGAAAUGAGGUUCCACAGCGGAGAGGCCGUAGUCCGGUGCACUACUGGAGUAUGGGACGUGAUCCAGACGUGCCGCGAUUCGCUCCGCGAGCUGCGCGUCCAUAUCUCCGACUACAUCAAGAGCAAAGUACCCGAGGAGCGCGACUCGCCUCGCGACUUUCGCCGGCUCGAAGUGCUCAAGUUGAACGACCACGCACUGAGCGCGCUUUACGAUGCUUGGAAGAAGAAGAACCGGUACACAGGCGAACCGGAUAGCUUCCUGUCCAGCAUACUCCCUCCGAUGAUUCGAGAAGUUACAUUCUGGGAUCUUAAGGGGCUGGCUAUGCGGGCGGCAAUGCAGAGCUUUGCGAGAGUCGCCGCAUUUGGGCCGUUUCGCUAUCUGGAGAAAGUGACGGUGGCGCCGUCGGAGGCCAAAUACGGGCCAAAUAGUCCAUGGUACAACUGGAGGACUUGGGCUGAUGUUGAGGCGGAGUUGGAGGAGAAUUUUACGAAAGCCGGUGCAAGUUUCGAGUUGGUGAAGUCGGACCAGGUAAUUAUAUGGGGAUGGGACUUUCGACUGGACCCCGUGCUUUACCUAGCCAGGUCAGGGCUGUCACUCAGCGGUUGUCUGUAGGAGAGUGCAAGGGAGAUAUCAAACCCCUCCGAAGGAGUUUCGCAAGGAUGCUAAAGAAGGCCAACUGGCAGACGCUGCGAAUCGACGCAAAGAGGAACAGCUAAGAAAUGUAGAGUAACAGUUUGAUAGGUACCCAGUAAGGGGGAUCAAUUGUAUCGUACAUUUACUCCUAUUGAUCCACAAACAGGCCGCCAGUCGCUGUUAACCAUGCUCAAAGGGGAGGGCCUUAUGAAAACAUAACUGC